UUCCUUGAUAUUUCCAUAUUCUUUUUUUCUUUUUCUUUUUUUUUUUAUAUAUAAAAAAAAAUAAUUUUUUAAGUUAAAAUAAAGUUUUAAAAUAUUAUCAUAUCAAACACGUGAGAAAUAUUGAGAAACUUUCUUUUCCUUAAUUAUUAAAAUUAACUAAUAAUGGAUAUAAUAAUUGAUACGAAAGGUGAUGAAGAUUUGAUGAAGAAAGAUUGUUUAAUAGAAAAUGAUGAUGAUUUAGAUUUUGAAAAUCAUGGUACACAGGCACUCAAAUUUUUUGAUAUAGAGGAAGAUUUAAUUAAAAAUGAAACUACAACAAAAAAGAUAGUAGUUCGUAAUGUAACUAAAGAUAUCGACCUCGACGAAUUUGAGAAAGAUAUGGGUUGGUCAAAUAUAAGAAAGAAAAAUAAUCCAAUAUUUAAUCAGGAUGUAACUCAUUUGACACAAGAAUUGACAGCAGUAGAUAAAAUACUUGAAAAAAGUAUUAUUCAAUCUGGUUUUGAAAAGUUAGAAGCUGUACCUCCUUAUGAGAUUAGUACAAAAUUGCUAAAAGCUAAAAGACGUAAGGAGCGUAGUAAAACUAAGGGCAAAGAUUGGUUUAAUAUGGGUGCUCCUGAAUUAACACCAGAAGUUAAACAUGAUCUUCAAGUCAUAAGAAUGAGAUCAGUAUUAGAUCCUAAACGAUUUUACAAAAAGAAUGAUCUUAAAACAUUACCACGAUACUUUCAAAUUGGUAAAGUUAUUGAUUCACAUUUGGAUUAUUAUUCUGGACGUCUUACUAAGAAAGAACGUAAGAAAACAAUUGUGGAUGAACUUAUGACUGAUGCUCAAUUCUCUAAAUAUAAUAAACGUAAAUAUAAGGAGAUCAUUGAUGAGAAAAGAAGAUUGCAUUAUAAAGCUCAUAAACAUGCAAAGAAACUUAAGGGAAAAAAAAAAUAAUAUAUGUAAUUAGCAUACAUAUUUCAAAUCAACAUUUUAAAUAUAUUUGUAAUUACAUUAUUUCAUUAAAUGUGUUUUAAAUUUAUGUGUUUUUAAUAAUUAU